UCAAAGCAGCAGUGUCUUUCACCAUCAACAUUCCUAUUUGGACAACUCUUGCCUUGUCAGGACAACUCCCAGCUGUUAGAAUGUUUGAUAUACAUGUAACUUUUGUUCACUUCAAAUUUUAUCUAGGGACUUUUCAGGAAGUACCAAAGACAACUCCUGUCAAAGUCAGAGGAUGUGGUUGAAAUUCCACCCUCAUUGGAAAAGAAAAAGUCUGGCUACUGUAGUUUUAUGGCAAGAGAUGGUCCAAGGGCACUUAAUUGGUUCAAAGGAAAUCCCUCAGGGAGCUGAAAACUGUUUGGAUGGACUGACAUUUAUUAUCACGGGAAUCUUGGAAAGUAUUGAGAGAGAGGAGGCAGCUGAUUUGAUUCAAAGAUAUGAUGGAAAAGUUACCCAAUCAGUGAGCAAGAAAACAAGUUAUGAUGUGGUGGGAUGGGAUCCUGGAGAGAGCAAACUUUCCAAGGCUAAGCAAUGUGGAACAUCACAAAUAGAUGAAGACUGUCUGUUUGAGCUUGUCAGAACAAAACCAGGCAAUGAGACCAGCUAUGAACCACCAAGUGUGGAGAAGAAGACAAAGAAGAAGGAGAAAGCUGAACCAAUGGAGUCCCUCGGCCAGGGAAAAGAUCAGUUUGAGGGUGAUAUGUCACAACUGAGUGAAACAUCUGUGUCUUCUCCAACAACACAAACACCAUCAUCAUCACCUGCACUGAAAGCUGGGUGUUUCAAACCUCUCCAACAAUUAGCACAAGAGCAUGACUUCACUGAAAAUUUAAUUCACACUUCAGCGGAGAACCAAGUCUGUUAUGAGUAGACAAAGGUCAACCUCACGCAGAGAGCAGAUUAUUGGUCAGCAGGGUGAUAAGAGCAAACUGAGAGAGCUGAUGAACUGGCUGAGAGACUGGGAAAAGAAUAGAAAGAAACCAGCCUCUAAAUCUUCCUUUUUCAACAAAGACUAAGAUGGGUCGUCCUUUAAGGAAGCUCUUCUGUUCGGUUCCCCAGGAGUUGGUAAAACCACAUCAGCGACACUGGUUUGUGAAGAGCUUGGUUUUACGUACAUUGAAAUGACUGCCAGUGACACACGGAGGAAAAAGACCUUGGAAGAACGUAUUUCUCAGUCACUGAACAAUAAACCAUGGAUGGCCUUCUGACAGGUUGUCAAAUUUCUGUAAGAUUAGGAAUGACUUUGAUAUUAUUAAAGAUGCUUCAUUCAUUC